AUAAAAGGGGAAGGGAGAAGGAACGGCUCAUCGAAUGGGUGAACGAAGUGGUCAACGCGUCAAAAUAUCGUUCGGAAUUCCCCAUUUUGAAGCAAAACGUUUAUAUGUGGUAACACACAAUUGAUUUUCCCAAGCGUGUGUGUCUUCCAAACGCAGAAAUAAAAAAUGAUUUUGCUGCAGCUGACAGUUUUGGGUUAUUUGAACACCGGGAAAACAGCUCUAAUCAAUUCCAUUAUGAACAAUGACAUUUAUAGCAACUAUGUCCACACGGAUUUACCAACCGUAUACUACAAAGUACACAAGGAGAAAAAUAGAAGCUUCUGCGUUGAAAUUGAAGAUACGUCUGUUAAUGUGGAUGUGAAUGUCUUUAUGAACAUGCUAAGGAAGGAAAUUACGACGGAUAGUAGAAGUAUGCGAAAUCCCGUGUUCAGUUUAUUUGACAAACCGAUCAUUCCUUUUCAAGGGGGAGACCAAUACAACCCAAUCAGCUACGGAAGGAUGGCCUACUUUCUAGUCUUCGACCUCACGAACGCGUCCACCCUCGAAUACGUGAAGAUGAUUUACGCGAACAUGUCCAAUACAUAUGACCUGUAUUAUACCCUUAAACCGUUUAUAUCCCUUGUCGGCAAUAAAUAUGAUUUGGUCACGGAAGAUUGUGAGUUAGUUAGGCAGGCAGAAAACUUCGCUAACGAGAAUAUGGUUCAGCUGUGGCUAACAUCGGCAAUAACGGGAAGGAACGUCAAAAAGCUGUUCACUCACACGAUUCACAUGGUCUACAAUAACACUAACUUGUGGAAAUACGACAUAGAGGAGUCCGGUUCCGAAACGACAGAAAGUUAA